AUGCCUUUCCUUGACCACCUCCUCACCUACAAGAUCACGCUUACAACACUAGGCACCAAAGAGGAAGAAAGCUUAGUAUUGGAGGGCUCAUCACACCUAUCUUGUGUGCUGCUGGAAUGGGAGGUUCCAAUUCAAGUUCACACAUCCAUUGGUGGACCCUCCAAGCUUCUCCUGCCUAACCCAGAGCUCACCACAGUUGUAAGGGGUGAGAACAUUGACUUCAGACCCCCUGUGUACACAUUAGUUGGGCAUGAGGAUGAUUGCGAGAAGAGGAGCCUGAGCUCGAUCGAGCUGAGUCGAGCUGAGGGUCGAGCUGAGGAUCGAGCUGAAUAUCAGGUCCAGGGGAGCGCUGACUUGGGUGAGCCUGAGUGCUACUACUUUGAGGAGUAUGAGGCUCCAAGGAUGAACCCCUCUGUUGUGGCUGCUCACAAGAGGAUUGGACUUCUCCAAAAGUUCAACAAAUGGCAAGGGAAAGCCAUUGAGAAGAUGCAAAAGUCCAUGGACAAGAUGGUGAGCAAGAUCAAAAGUUUGGAGAAGAAGGUUUCUGGUUCUUCAAGCAAGAAGAAGUCCAAGGCCCCCACAUUCCCUAGGAGUAGGUCACUCCUCACCACCCAAAGAAGGCUCCCUGCCCAAGAGCCUCACAGAGCCUCUUCUUUCGAGCCAAGAGAAGGAGAGGACAACACGCAGAGAAGGAGGAAGAGUUCUAAGGCCAGACGCUCCAGCUCGACCACCGGACUCGAUCGAGUCCAAUCAGAGGAAACUCAACUCGAUCGAGCUGACGGUCGAGUUGACCUGGAGGAGCCUGUUUGA